AGGUGGUUUGCCGCCGCGGAGGUGAUGGCCAGGGCCAAGAAGUUGGAGGAGGGCUUCUCAGAGCAGCUCAAGGUGGAGGAGCUUGCUGCUAUGGCUCUCUACAAGAAGAGUCCGGAGAAAGCCAUCGAGUUCAUGACGAAUCGUGACGUGGCGAGGGCGAAUAAGCUGGUGACGGACAUCUUCGCCCUUUUCGGCCAGCUCAUGGUGACCUACCGCGACGGCUUCCGCAUCUCCUCGCUCGGCCCGGAUGCGCCGGACCACGGCGGCGCCCAGGGGGGCGUGGUGCCGAAGGUGGAAGAAGUUGGCUAUUCCGCUGACUGGUACGACCGCAUUGCAAAGGACACCGGCGAUCAUUACAAGGUGCCAGCCUCCAUGACGAGCCUGGAUCGGGUGAAACUGCGAGCUCUGAACAAAGGUGUGCAGGGCGUUUGGCAGCCGACGGCAGACGCAGUGAUUGUAUGAGCCAGCCGUCCGCUGUGGUUUGGUGGGCGCUGAAGUCGUCCUUGGUGCGCUUCCUUGCUGGACAGCGGCAAAGAAGCCUAGACUCCUGAGACAAUCGCAAUACCGUGCUUCCAGGCACCUGACUGUACAGAGUAACGGCUGAGAGCCUGGCAUUCCCGCAGCCAUGAGUUGCCAAGCAGCUGCACGUGCUUGGGUGCAGCCUUGGCACCUGUUUCGGCGAACAUUUCAAAGCCACGACCGUUGCGUGCAGAGUGUGAC